AUGCCCCGUGGCCAGAUCAUGACGGGGCAGGACUGGGAGCCUCAGGUGUUUAAUUUCCAAAACAAGAAUAACGCCAAUAAAAAGCCUGGCCGUGUGAGCGAAUCCGAGGCCAACCGCGUCCUGCAGCGCGGAGGAAAUGUGGAUGUUAUCAAGAAGGAAUACUUCCACGCAAAUGCCCAGAAGACGGAUCUUGGCGCCAACGCAAAGAGGUUGGACGAGGACAGCGAUACGUUGAGGGUUAAGCGCGUUGAUAAUGCUUUGCGCAUCAAUAUUCAGCGGGCACGCCAGGCAAAGGGAUGGACGCAGCAGGACCUGGCGAGAAACAUUGCGGAGCGAGCCGGAGUUGUGACGGAGUACGAGAACGGGAAGGCGGUACCGGAGGAGCGGGUGCUGGUAAAGAUGGAGAAGACAUUGGGCGUUCAUCUGCGUGGGGUGAUGGCUGGGAAGCCAUUCGGAGGCGGCACCCACCAGCAACCACCGCAGAAGAAAAAGGCUGUGUGA